AUGCUUCUCUCUAAAGAUGAGAUCGCCUCCUGCGCAAAACGCGUUGCCGCUUCCACCGAUAGAAGACAUUAUAACAAUAUUGUAAAGCUGGUGUCUCAGUACCCAGAUCUCUCGCAGGUCGAAGAGUCCGCAUUUGAGAAUGAUGAGCCCACUCUCCGGUUCCUAACGAUGGCCCUCCUGCCGGUUUUUCGUAAGCUCUUCUCCAGAGGUCAAUUAAACCCAGCUAAAGCUGCAUCGGCAAAUGAAAAACAAUUCUCACAAUGGUGCCGUAAACUAUACAACUCCUACAAGUCGAAACUUCUGCAUUGCAUAUCAUGCAUACCGUUCGAGUCGUCGUUGGCCCUAGACUGUCUCGAUGCAUACAUGCAGCUGUUGGAACAAGAAGCUAUCCAUUUUGCUUCUCACGACGACGCUCCUUUUUUCCCCAACAAGACACUCAAAGCACUUAUUCUCGCCAUCUUCAAGUCUAACGUCUCAAGCAGUGUUGAUGCAGCAGAUGGACAAUCCAAGAACCCGGUAGUGCUCGAAUUUACACAGAGCUAUUACAAGAAACACGUGGAUAUUCAAUAUUACUUUCAAGCCGAGAUGACCGCUUUAACGCAGGAAGAUGAGUCGAUCAAAACGCUUGAUCAUAUGCAGCUUAUGGCCAAAUGGCUUUCCAUUAUGAACCACGACAAUCACUACUCCAGCGAAGACGCCGACUUGGAAAUCUUCGUGCCACAACCACCUCAAGCCAUGGAAAAUGAGAGCCAGUUCAAAUCGAAUUUGGAGAAAAACUGGCUAUUCUUCCUCAACCUCAGCGGCCUUCCUACAACCCAUUAUAAGACCACUCUUCUGAUUUUGCACAGGAGAAUAAUACCGCAUUUCAACACCCCAACAAAGCUCAUGGACUUUUUGACCGAUUCCUACGAUCUUGGCGAUCAUGUUGUGUCGUUAUUAGCAUUAAAUGGUUUGUUCGAACUUAUGAGGAGGUACAAUCUAGAGUAUGCCCACUUUUACUCAAAGCUGUACCAGCUGGUGACACCCAGUCUCAUGCAUGUGAAACACAGAUCACGGUUUUUGAGAUUGGCGGAACUCUUUUUGUCGUCCACACAUGUUUCGGCCAACUUGGUAGCAUCCUUCAUCAAAAGGCUUGCACGAUUGACUUUGGACUCCCCCCCUGCUGCCAUUGUAUCUGUGUUGCCAUUCAUUUACAACUUGCUAAAGAAGCACCCUACAUGUAUGAUAAUGCUUCACGACCCAGACUACAUUUCUGAUCCGUUCGCAGACGCAGAUAAAAUUGCCCUGGUGAAGGAGCGCAGAAGACAGUAUACUGACCCAUAUAAGAUGGAGGAGUCGAACCCGGAGAUAACAAAUGCGAUUGAGAGUUCACUUUGGGAACUAGAUUCGCUCACGAAUCAUUAUCAUCCAAAUGUCGCUACUCUAGCCAAAAUCUUCUCCCAGCCCUUCAGGAAGCACAAUUACAACAUGGAGGACUUUUUGGACUGGUCUUAUGACUCGCUAUUGCAGGCAGAAGUCACUCGUAAGCUCAAGGUCUCGCCAGCGCUAGAAUUCGAAGAAUACGGGGCAGCUUUUGGUGAAUACAUAAAAUGUGUAGAGUGGUGA